UUCUUUUAUAGUGCUUUUAUUUAAUACGCAAUGGCUUUGGCAUUCCUUCCUUAAGCUUUUUCCGAAGUGAACCGAACUUCAUGUCAAUUAAACAAAACAACGAGUUAUCAUUCCCACGAAUAAGGUACCACAGUCAACGUCAAUAACAAAAGCAAUCAAAGAAUAAAAUACGCAAGGCAAAAUUAUCCAACCACCUCUAAAUGCCCAAACGCGACCCAACAAUUUCUCCGUCUCUAGAUCGUCUGCAUUGUAAACAAAAUAAAUCUCAAAAGUCGUCCAUUAAUCCGCGAAUGUUUACGAGAGAGUACCCCGAAUAUCUAUACGUCGCGCAGCCACCCAAAAACUAAUUCCAGAAUUUACAAGCAUUUCAGUGUCGCGAAUUGUCGGGAAAGCCUUGCAACGAAAAAAAAAACAAAACAAAACAAAACAAAACAAAACAAAACAAAAAGACAAAACACCAGCGAAUAUUUCAACGAUAUUAUAAGCGCGAGCCGGGGACACAAGCGCCGAAAGCUGAUUUCGCAAAACACGGCCGGCCGGCGCUGCGCUAAUUUAUUAACUCGCGUAUAAAGUGCGAGCACGGUGGGAACAACUAUGGCGACCACCGUUCCGUUUGCCGCGACAUCCGCGGCGAACGUUUGCCCCGGAAUUUGUUGCUUCGUGCCACCAGGCGUUUAUCGUAAAAUGUCGCUCGUUGUUUCGGGUUUCAAUCGUAACCGCCCGCAGUGUCGUUCGGGGCAUUCAUCGGCGUACGCGUUGUUCCGAGAUUAAUGCGAUUUUCUUUGGCCGGGCCACGUCAAACGUGGACCAACCGACCGCCGGCGGGCGCGUUUCGCACGGCACCGAGGAACUUUCCAGUUCCAAUCGCCUCCAACCCCCUGAGGGGGUUGGGGUUUUGUUAUCGAUCGUACGGCUACGUAUUCCCCGCGAUACCUUCGGAACGCGACGGACAAUGUCAUCGUUACACUUUCAUGCUUAUGUUUGGCAUUACGGGAUCGCUAUGGCAACUUGACGUGGCAUUCGUCGCCAGUGUUUGCCUCGCUUCCGGACGCGUUUGUUUGCGGAACCGUACGACUUCCUACGCCACGGACAAGACAAUCGGUAGCUCGUUUGUACUUUCGGUCCACAUCCUGGAAUCCUUCGUACGCCUAAGAGGGGAGUACGCCGUAAAAAUUCUCGCAACCCAGUCGAUGAUCUUCCGAUCCAUAGGAUCCUAGACGCGUCAGCCAGGAACGUUACGCGAGCGAAGAAAAGAGGAAGUCACCGAAGAGGAAGGGUGGUGGGAAGAGAUAGAAGCUCACGAUGCCGAUUGAUAUUUACUACCACCCGUGCAGUGCACCGUGUCGGUCGGUUGCGUUACUGGCAAAAGCAAUCGGUGUUCACCUGAACAUAAAGACGCUCAAUUUCUUAAUCAAUGAACACAUGACACCGAGUUUUUUAAAGAUAAAUCCACAGCACACAUUACCAACAAUGGAUGACAAUGGUUUCAUUCUCUGUGAGAGCCGGCCAAUCAUGGGAUACUUGGUGAACAAAUAUGCGAAAAACGACUCAUUGUAUCCAAACGACCCGAAGAAAAGGGGAAAGGUAGACGAGAUGUUGUACUUUGAUAUCGGUGUUCUUUACGACAGCAUAACCAAAUGCUAUUUCCCGGUAGUGCUUGGAAAGAGGAACACCUUACUCGAGGAAGAUGUGCAGGCUGUAGAGACGGCGUGUGAAUUAUUGAAUACAUUCCUGGAAGACAGGGAGUUCGUUGCUGGUGAUACUCUGACCAUCGCUGAUUUCUCCAUCAGCGCGACCAUUUGCCUCGUUCAAAUUUUCGGAUUCGAUAUCGGCCGAUACGAUAACGUGGCGGCUUGGUACAAUCGGUGCACCGAGGUUCUGGAUAAAUUCGGAUACGAGGAGGUGCACAGCCCAGGAAGGAAAAUAGUGGCCGAUAUGUAUUGGCCAAAUUUACAGGAAUCCAAUUAACACCGAUACCGCAGAGCUUGUAAAACCAUGGGCUCGAUGAUGGCUCGCUGGUGAUCGAGAUUAAACAUGAAACCUAUCGAGUCGGUGCAAAUCAUCAGUUCGUUU